GAGGUCAGCUUUGGUUUUCAAGAUGGCGGCCUUCAAGGCGCUGGUGUCCGGCUGUGGGCGGUUGCUCCGGGGGCUCCUGGCAGUCUCGCCGGAGACCAGGGCUCGGCCUCCAGUUCGCGCUUUCCGGGAAGUGGUGGAGAUCCAAGAAGGGAAGACAACUAUAAUCGAAGGCCACAUCACAGGAACCCCCAAGGAGAGUCCACAUCCCCCUAACCCCUCUGGCCAGUGCCCCAUCUGUCGUUGGAACCUGAAGCACAAGUACAAUUACGAGGAUGUCCUGUUGCUGAGUCAGUUCAUCCGGCCUCAUGGAGGUAUGCUGCCCCGAAGGAUCACGGGCCUGUGCCGGGAAGAGCACCACAAGAUAGAAGAGUGUGUGAAGAUGGCCCACCGGGCAGGUCUGUUCCCAAAUCACAGGCCUCGGCUUCCUGAAGGGUUUGUUCCCAAGAACAAACCCCAGCUCAACCGGUACCUGACCCGCUGGUCUCGCAGGUCUGUCAAGCCCAUCUACAAUAAAGGCCACCGCUGGAACAAAGUGCGCAUGGCUGUGGGGUCCCCCCUGCUGAAGGACAAUGUCUCCUACUCAAGAACACCUUUGGUGUUGUAUCAUUGACUGAGAAUGGGACUUCCUGAGGACCUGGCCAGGGCCCUGCAGCACCUCCACUGUGGAGUAGGGCAGCUCUCAGCCUCAAUCGUACUUCCUGCCCACCCCACCAGGGCGGCCAGGCCCCCCCCCAGCAUGACCGAGUGACACAAGGGGCAUUUGUGCCCUCCACCUGCCCAGCAGCUGUGCUGGGAGAUAGGACUGGGCAGGCCUUGGGCCCCUUGGCAACUGCUGUGGUGUCAUGACUGGCUUGGGCUGAGCUCAGGGCCGGGGGACAGUUUUGCCUGAGGAGUGUCAUAAACCAGGCUCAUGUGUUUA